AUGAUGAAAGGAGCUAAGAAACAACUGCUUCCAUCCAUUGAAACUCUGCCAAACGAGCUGCUAACAGAGGUGGUAGCUCAAGUUGGAUCUUCUGUAGUGACUGACCUAUUCAACUUGAAACAGACUUGUAAACAAUUGUACAGGGCUGGACUUGACACAGAAGUGCUUCGAAGGGUCUCAUUAGAAAAGCAACCGGCAAUUCCAUGGCGGGUUUCACCUGGGUAUCAUUCUUUCAUAAGACAGUGCGAAGAGAAUGGUAACCCAGAAGCCCAGUUCAAGCAAGGAAUGGUGGAAUAUUUUAGUAGAAAGGAAUAUGAGUCAGGGGUUGAGUUACUGAAGAAAGCAACUUAUCUUGGACAUGAAGUAGCUGCAUACAUGCUCGGAUUAAUCCUCUUGUGCACUAAUUACCCACUAAAAGAUCAAGCUUUAGAAAUUCUGAAAAAAGUUCUCCAAGGAUGUUCACCAUCUUCAUCAACAAAGCUUAUAAAAUGUCGUAAACGAUCGCGGGAGAUAAUCUGGGGAAUGUGGACUACUCCUGCUACUCUCCCAACACCACCUGAACCCAUCUGUACCAGUUCAGUCUGCAAUAAGAGAAAUGGCUCUUCUAGGUGGUUAUCAAUGAUGAAGAACUUCCAAAGUGUGAAGCUUGUAAAUGGACUUGGGAAAUUGUUUUGA